GAAUAGAAGGCAACAAUGUCAAGCAUAUAUCCCUGCUUGAUUUGGUGAAGCGGCCAAUGCAAACUCUUAGGACCACCCGUCAAUGUGAUGUAAUUUUCUUUUCUUGUUGAAAGUCUAGAAGUGGUCCAUCUCUGUUCAAAUUUAAAGCUGGCAUUUUCAACUCUUGGUUAAAUAGAGUAACCAUUUAACUUCUGAUCCCUUCAAUUAUUCAAUAGUCCAAUCCCUCUUUGUUUUCAAAAUCCGCCUGUUUAUGCCAUGUUGGUGCUCUAUAUAUAUAACUGAUUAACUCUGCAGCAUAAUUUUCCAUUGAGUAGAUAGAUAGUAGCUAAAGAGAAGGAAACAUGGGAACAGUUGAUAUUUCCCCUAGCAAAAUUCAUAUUCUUGCUUUCCCUUUUCCUGCAAAAGGUCAUAUAAAUCCUAUGUUACACCUCUGCAACCGCCUGGCCACGAAAGAUUUCAGGGUUACACUGAUUACUACAACUUCUAUAUUCAAGUCUGCUAAAACCAAAACCAUCGGCUCCAUCAAGAUUGAGUGUCUUCCAGAUGACUCCGAUGAACCCGUUGAAGAAGAUCUCAAAGGCUUUUUGGCAAGGUUGAGAGCUGCUGCUUCCAGAGGCUUGGAAGAACUGGUUGAGAAAUGUAGAAAGACUGAUCCGUAUCCUCCCAGAAUUGUGAUUUAUGACUCAACUAUGCCUUGGGUUCUGAACUUAGCUCAUCGGGUGGGACUUCGCGGUGCUUCUUUCUUUACUCAAUCUUGUGCUGUUUGUGCUCUUUACUACCAUAUGGACCAGGGAACAAUACAGCUUCCUCUUGAUAAGGCUGUUACUGUAAAAUUGCCUUCAAUGCCAGCACUUGGAAGCAAUGAUCUUCCUGAUCUCCAGUACUUCCCUGAUCCAGAUAGUGUUAUCACGAGGACUCUUCUUGAUCAGUUCUCGAACAGUGACAAAGUUGAUUUCAUUCUGUUCAACACUUUCGAAGAAUUGGAGGAUGAGGUGGCAACAUGGAUGGCAGAAAGGUGGCCAAUUAAGACAGUUGGACCAACAGCUCCACUACUUUUUGUAGACAAAAGACUACAGAAUGGCAAUGAUCAACAAGGGAACUAUCUGUUUGAGACAAACGCUGAAGCUUGCUUAAAAUGGUUGGACGAAAGAGAAACCUGUUCUGUAGUUUAUGUAUCGUUUGGGAGCGUUGCAGCGCCCGGAGAAGAUCAGAUCGAGGAAGUGGUAGAGGCCCUCCUGAGGAGCAACUGCAAAUUCCUUUGGGUAGUCAGGGAAGAAGAAGAGAGUAAGCUGCCAAAGAAUUUCAAGUCUGAGUCUUCAGAGCAAGGCCUAAUCAUAAACUGGUGUCCACAACUUGAGGUUUUAGCCCACUGGGCGAUCGCGUGUUUCGUGACUCAUUGUGGAUGGAAUUCAACCAUUGAAGCUCUAAGUGCGGGCGUGCCAAUGAUAGCAGCGCCACAAUGGGUUGAUCAAACUACAAAUGCUAAGUUUAUUGCUGAUGUAUGGCAAACGGGGCUGAGGGUGAAGCUAAAUGAUAAAGGAUUUGUCAGAAGAGAAGAGUUUGUGUAUUGUAUCAGAGAAAUUACUGAGGGUGAAAGGGGGAAGGAGAUCAGAAGGAAUGCUAAGAAAUGGAAGGAAUUGGCCAUACAGGCAGUAGGAGAAGGUGGAAGUUCUGAUAGGAACAUUGAAGAUUUUGCGACCUCACUUUUGUGCCUCCCAUGACGCGUUUCUGCUCUAGUCUCUUGGGAGUUUGUGGAUGGAAACUAUCUGAAAUAAGAAUUCUGUACAAGUAUUUUAAUAAUAAAACGAUGACAAGAUUUGAUUUUGAAUGUAAAUCUGUAAUUGUUUAGAAGGAUUUAGAAUAUGCUUCUUUUCU